AUGGCGUACAAAAAAACCGACCCAAAGCCAGCGACCGAAAAGCCAGCGAUCAAGAAGACUAUAGGAAGCAAAUGCAAGGUGACCAAAAAACAAUGGACAUACAAAAAGUACCGAAACGGCAAACUUGACUUGAUGAGCGCACCUGCCCGAUUCAAAGUGCUCAUGUCACUCAACGCCACUCAAUCCCGCCUUCUCUCACUCCCCGCAGAAGUCCGCAACAAAAUCUUUGAGUACGCAAUAGGCGACUACGACAUUUACAUCAGCGCCUACAACGCGCGCGCGACGCACACCCACGAAACAGUCCUAGGUACCGUAUACCGCAAAACCACCCAACACAGCUACCGCAUGGUUACCAUCAUGCUCCCUCACGGAACACCCUUCCGCCGUGCGCACCCAAACGACACCCUACCCGCUUUGUGCCUCCCGCAAGUGUGCCGGCAACUCUAUGCCGAAACAGCGAUCCUGCCAUACACGCUCAACCACUUCAAAUUCUGCGAUUCGGAACACGCGCUCAUCAAGAACGUGGGCAAGUACACGAAUCGGAAUCAGUAUUCUGCGCUGGACUUGUGGUUGGAUCAGCGGAGCGCGGUGCAGAUGAGUGCGAUAGCGAGUCUGGCGCCAAUGCCGCAUUAUAUUGAUCGGUAUUACUGGAAGAAGAGGCCAACGUUUACGAGUUUGUUUCCAGGUUUGAAGGUGCUGGAUUUAGGGAUGUCGAUCCGGUGGAAGGAAGAGGAGGAGGAGGGGGAGAAGUGGAGGAAGGAGGCGAGGAGGAAGGAUGUUGAGAGUGGGUUGAUGGUCUUGUUUCCACGGGUGACGACGGGGGGUGUUUGGGAGAAUUAUUCGAGGCAUUUGCGGUGGGACCUUGAUAAGGAUAGGGUGAUGAUGAAGGGGCCGUGUCAUUAUGAGACAGAGGUGGAGGCCAAGCUGGAGUAA